CUCCUCAACUACCACUACCACCUCUUCGAGCGACGCAAUGGCUAGUAAUUAUCCCGUACCUCCGCCAUCGUAUUCCAACAAUAAGGACCUCACCUCUGUCUCGUCCGACGAAGAGGCGCAGCAGCCGCUUCUGCGCCCCCAGGCUGGGCCCAGUGCAGGCAUGGGAGGAUACUACGAUCAACCACUGGCUGGCGACGUUCCUGACGACUUCAAGUACGGAACAACCGUCGCUGACAGCGCGGUUGAAAUUAGGAACGCGUUCGUUCGCAAAGUCUAUACCAUCCUCUUCAUCCAGAUCCUUGCCACUUGCAUUGUUGCCGGCGGAAUCGCUUCCUCCGACGAUGCAAUCUUCUGGGUCGUGACGCAUCAAUGGUCGUUAUAUGUCCCACUCUUCGGUACCCUCAUCAAUCUCGGUCUCUUGUACUGGAAGCGUCACAGCCACCCGCUCAAUUUCGUCCUCCUGUCGACCUUCACCCUCAUGGAAGCCUUCACUCUUGGCGUACUUGUCGCCUUCUUUGAGACCAGAAUUGUCCUGCAGGCUCUGCUUAUCACGCUCGGCGUGUUCCUCGGCCUGACGCUUUUCACUUUCCAAUCCAAGUACGAUUUUAGCGGAAUGGGCCCCUGGCUCUUCGGUGGGCUGGUCGCGCUGAUGAUGACGGGUUUCGUUGGGAUGAUCUUCCCCUUCGGCCGCACGAUGGACCUACUCUUCGCCGUCGGCGGCACGCUGCUUUUUAGCGGAUACAUCGUUUAUGACACGUAUCUCAUCAACCGUAGGCUCUCACCUGACGAGUACAUCCUGGGCGCCAUCAGCCUUUACCUUGACUUUAUCAAUCUCUUCAUCAACAUCCUCCGUCUCCUCAACAAUAUGCAGGAUCGGUAAAUAAAUAAAUAAACCCUAGCCAGCUAAUUCGCCGAUUUCCUCGCACAUCCUCAUGCACUCCGUUGCCGCUUGGUGAAUGUGUCUUAGCUUCAUCUGUACUUUCAAAUACGCUGCUUUGAACUUGCUUUGUACUGGUACUUGAUAAUUGGAUGCCAUUCAGAUCGCC